AGCGGGAGCUCCCGCCACGCCAGCAGGCGGAGGCGGGACGCCCAGGGCGGCCGCCGGAUCCCAGCCACCAGGCCCGGCCCCGCGAGGCUGGCAGGGCGCCCACGGCCGCCACACCCACGUGGGCACGCCCCCCGCGGCGCGCCGCCCCCGGCCCAGGCCGCCGGCACCUGCACCCGCGCGUUGGCGGCGGCUCCGAGGCUCGGCCGCCCGCAUCACGCUCGGGCUCUUGCUCCACGACGUGACCAUGGCCGGGCUGCAGGAGCUGCGAUUCCCCGAGGAGAAGCCGCUGCUGCGGGGCCAGGACCUGGCCGAGCUGGAGAACUCCGACACCUUCCUCUUGGCUGCAGACACAGACUGGAAGGAACAUGACAUCGAGACACCUUAUGGCCUUCUGCAUGUGGUGAUCCGGGGCUCCCCCAAGGGGAACCGCCCAGCCAUCCUUACCUACCAUGAUGUGGGCCUCAACCACAAACUGUGCUUCAACACCUUCUUCAACUUUGAGGACAUGCAGGAGAUCACCAAGCACUUCGUGGUGUGCCACGUGGAUGCACCCGGACAGCAGGUGGGGGCGUCGCAGUUUCCUCAGGGGUACCAGUUCCCCUCCAUGGAGCAGCUGGCUGCCAUGCUCCCCAGCGUGGUGCAGCACUUUGGGUUCAAGUACGUGAUUGGCAUCGGAGUGGGAGCUGGAGCCUAUGUGCUGGCCAAGUUUGCACUCAUCUUCCCUGACCUGGUGGAGGGGCUGGUGCUGAUGAACAUCGACCCCAAUGGCAAAGGCUGGAUCGAUUGGGCUGCCACCAAGCUGUCCGGCCUGACUAGUACUUUGCCCGACACCGUGCUCUCCCACCUCUUCAGCCAGGAGGAGCUGGUGAACAACACAGAGCUGGUGCAGAGCUACCGGCAGCAGAUUGGGAACGUGGUGAACCAGGCCAACCUGCAGCUCUUCUGGAACAUGUACAACAGCCGCAGAGACCUGGACAUUAACCGGCCUGGAACGGUGCCCAAUGCCAAGACGCUCCGCUGCCCCGUGAUGCUGGUGGUCGGGGAUAAUGCUCCUGCUGAAGAUGGGGUGGUUGAGUGCAACUCCAAACUGGACCCAACCACCACGACCUUCCUGAAGAUGGCAGAUUCCGGGGGGCUCCCCCAGGUCACACAGCCAGGGAAGCUGACUGAAGCCUUCAAAUAUUUCCUGCAAGGCAUGGGCUACAUUGCAUACUUGAAGGACCGAAGGCUGAGUGGAGGAGCAGUGCCCUCAGCCAGCAUGACCCGUCUUGCACGCUCUCGCACGGCUUCCCUCACCAGUGCCAGCUCGGUGGAUGGCAGCCGCCCGCAGGCCUGCACCCAUUCAGAAAGCAGCGAGGGGAUGGGCCAGGUCAACCAUACCAUGGAGGUGUCCUGUUGAAGCCCUGGGUCCUGCUGAAGAUGCCCACCCGCCCACCCACAUCGAGGUCCCACUGCCAUCCCUGCGCUGGCUCAUUUUCCCUUUAGUUUAUUUUUGUGAGGGUGAAGGGAAGGAAAUGGGGUUACUUUCUUUUGUUUAAAAAAAUGAGGGGAUCCAUUGUAGAUGCCGCAGUGGAACAGUCUCCAGAAGAUUAGAGGAGCUCAUUCCUCCCCACCUCUAUCGCACUGAACGUGUCAACUUGGCUGUCUUGGACUCCCUAUGGCCCAGGCACAGUCAGGGCGGGGCUACGGGGGGUGGGAAGGGGAUGAGGUAAGGACAGAGUCCCUAUCUGGCUAGGAUCCAGGAUCAUUCCUGGAUUAAAGAAAGAGCAUGGGACGACCCUUUGGCAGGCAGGUGUGAAGAUGGGAUAGGGCUUUAAGAUGGUGGUUGCUGGGACAACAGGAGGACCGGGUCCAGCUCAGGCACUGGCGUGGGAGCUGGGAAACAGCUGCAGGGGGUGCUGGGAGGCCCCUUCCCCCAGCCCCUCCACCAAGCACACCUGUUUCUGUCUUGCGGUACAUGUGACAAUCAUCUGGACAGUAGCCACAAGGGGGCGAUCUGACCAGGCAGCCAUUUUCCUGGUGCUCUCUGGGCUGGGCUGGUGCUGUAGGCCCAGGCAGGCAGGGGCUGAAGGGGGAUUCUUUGCCCAAGGAAGACAGAAUAUAGAGAACACUGAGUGCAGGAACCCCACUGACUGUCCCUUCCGGUCUACACAUUCUCCCAUCUCCUGGCCCUUUCCCAUUUCUGAGCCAAGGUCUCCCUGAGGUAGAAGUUGCCUGGCCCUCUGUCUCCAUAGUGACCUGAUGGUGGGCUGAGGGAAACAGUUGAGACAGCCCGUAUUUGUUGUGUACACCCCUGAGAACUUCAUGGUGACUGCCUUUGGGAGCCAACAGGUGGCCAGAGGCAGGGGUAGCUGAGAGUUCCUGUAGACCCCCUUUUUGCCCCCAGGUUCCACAGAGGACAACCCAACAGCAGCAGCAUGGUAUUUCUAAGCAGAGCUUUGGUCAGCCUAUGCCCAUGUUUCCCUCAGGCAUCCCUAAGGAAGAGAGAGUUUAUUUGGAGAGAACUGGUCUCAGGCAGCAAGACUUCUGCAGUCCAUGUUCCCAUCUCAGCCUGCUGCAAUGGGCUUGGGCUGGAGCUUGCUGGGUCCUAACAGGGCAGGGGGGAGGGCAUGUGUGUGUGUGUAUGUGAGUGUGAAGGUGUGAAGGUUCUUGAAGUGAACAAGGGCCAGUUAAAGGAGAAAGGCUCCCUGUACAUCCCAGCUUGAAGUCCAGGACUGUGCCAUAUACUUCCCAUCUACCCACCUUAUCAAGUGGAAUCUCCCAGCCCAGAAACCAUAACCAUUUGUCUUGGAGCCUAAAUCAAUUGCCACCCCAAGACAGAGGGGAGAAAGCAAUGAAAAAAUAAAGGGCUGUGGAGAGGGAGGGUCGUGUGGGAGGUGUUCUAAGGCUGGGAGGACAACAACAUCCUUAUUUCUUCUGCACACAUCACCCCCUUCUAUAAUCUUAAGCCAUUACUAGCAUUACUAGACUGCUCUAGAGCCUGGUGGAGUGUUAGUCUGUCCCCAGUUCUAUUCACUCACGUGCUUCCUUUGAACAUUGAAUAUGACUGUUUGAAAGCUGGUAGAAUUAAUCCCUCUUACUGUAUACAUAGCACUGCGAAUCCUGGAUUUUUUUUUUUUCCUGCUGUGUCUUCAGAUGAGAUACCUAUAAAUACCUAUACAUUAUAUAUAUAUAUAUGUAUAUUGGGUCCUCCUGUGUGUAGUUUUCCAUCAGAGGUUCUGUUCUCUCUUCUUUGGUCAGGUGAACUUUUAAUGGAAUCUAUUAUUUUCAACUCUGUACAGAGCCUAAUUUUGUGUAUUCUGGUGGCUGAUGUCAUGAGAUUUUGAGACGACAAAAUGUAACACAAAUAAAAACCCUUGUCAGUAUAGAAAGAGUUAACUGUGCUAAAAAACUAAUAAAGAAACUGAGAAAGCGA